AUGAGUCAUGUUGGAUUUGUCAUCGCCGGGAUUUCUUUGAGUAUAUUAAGGGGGGCCCCACCCAAUGAUGUAGAAGAAUUCAAGCGGCAGUAUGAGGUCGAUGCUGCUGACUUAUUUAAUCACAUCGCCGUCCUUGUCCAACGUAUCCACCACGAGAGGGAUACCACUCGUACACAACUCACCGCUGCCAAUGAAACCAUUGACAAUAUUGAAGAGCAGGUAACCCAGCUCAACCUCGACCUCAAUUUCACUCGCGCUGCCCCCGCCCCUGCCGUCUCUGUCCCCGUUGCCGCUGCUCCUUCACCUACUACUGUACCUGCCUUCAGGUCCAAAAAGUUCCCAGACCCGGAAAAAUUUGACGGUACCCUUACCAAGCUCCCCGGAUUCAUCACCCAACUCCGAAUGAAACUUGAGGUCAACUACGAUCGAUUCCGAAAUGAGGCAGCAAAGGUUAUCUAUCCUGUCAGCCGCUUAGAAGGAAGGGCCCUUGAUCAGGUGGUUCCACUCGUUAACACUAACUCUGCUGCCCUCUUCUCCACUGUCACUGCCUUUAUUGCCCACCUGGAAGCCUCGUUUGGAGACCCAGAUCCCCGGGGUACAGCCCGUCGCCAACUAGUUGCCCUGAAGCAAAGCAAAGGGGACUUCGUCACCUAUUACUCACAGUCCCUGUGUAUUGUAGCCUACUUAGACUACAACGAAGGAGCCAAAAUCGAUGCCCUGGCCGAAGGACUGUUGGAAGACCUGCAGGAUGCCAUGACAUACCGAACAGGCAGGCUCAACACUGUAGAGGCAUACGUGACCAUGUUAAUGACAAUCGACAACCAGGCCAUCCGUAAUACGAUAGGACAAUUUACCACCCCCACCGCUGUCGCACAUGCAUCUCAUACCACUGGAGGCCUUGCUGCAAUGGACCUCUCCCCCCUUCAAGCCCAUCCCACUCAACGCCCUGCCACCGAACAACGAUACACCUUUAUCAAUGGACAACGCAAGACCUCUGCCGAUGAAAGUCAAUGGCGAAGGAACAACAAUCUCUGUAUGUACAUCACCAACCCUGGCCAUGUCUUCGCCAACUGCUCCUCUGCCAAUCGCCUGUAA